AUGGCACAAGUAGGCUCCAGAUACUCUGCAUCAACGCAACGAAGCCACCCUGUCGUCAGAAUACCGGUGAAACUCGACAAUACAUAUAAAAUGGACCCUGAUAAUCAAUUCCCCGUGACAAAGGUGAAGAGGAUCAUCACAGAUGUAUUGCAAUCUAUGCUGUGUGACGAGUCAUACGAUGCCAGCAAGUGCCUCCACCUUACGAAACAGAUAGCUGAUAUAAUCAAAGACCGGGUAAAGGCACUAAAGACUCCUCGUUACAAGAUUGUGUGUUAUGUGUACAUGGGAUCUUUGCUCCACGGAUCUGUACAUCUCGCAAGUCAAUGUGUGUGGAAUGAGAAAUACGACUCGUAUGCCGAAGGAAAAUACACAAAUAAGUCGUUGUAUAGCACGGCUAUAGUGUACGGACUUUACUGUGAAUAG